UCUUCCUUUAAAUCUUACUGAAUUUUAAAAGUAUUUAAAACAUAAAAAUAAUGCUUCGAAAUAAGUUAAUCUGUUUGGAACAUCCAAAUCCUAAUGGUGUCAAUGUUACUGAUGAAAAACAAUUUCGCAAUUUGGUGUUAUGGUUGGAAGAUCAGAAAAUAAGAAAAUAUAAAAUAGAAGAGCGAGGAGAAUUAAGAAAAAUCGCUAAUCCAAGUUGGUCAACAGUAUUUGACAAAUAUAAAAAUGAUCUUAAUUGUCCUAAAGAGUUGACAUCCAAAAUAGAUCAAUUAAAUUGGAUUGUUGCUUACGCAGUCAAACUUGAGUACUUGGAUAAUGUUGACGAAUAUCGAGGGAUGACAUCAGAAAAGCUAAAAGAACUUCAAGAAAGCAAAACAAGCGCUCCAAGUGUAAAAUCUGUGAAUCCUUUCGAUAAUCUUGAUUUCAACAGUCCACAAUUUGUUGCGGGAGUUCGAAAAUUAGCUGAGAAAUUUUCUAUAGCUCAUCACCCUGAUCAUUUGCAAGUUCUAGCUGCAGUUAGUCGAAUUAUUAAAGAUAAUCUAAAUAAAGAAGCUCUCAAGCAACCUAUCCUUGAAGGAAAACCAUUUCCAAUCUUUGAAGGUCAAGGAAUGAAUCAGAAAGAUGAAGAUGUUGAACAAGCUGCUAGAAUCUUGAGACUUCUUCAGGUUCAAAGCGUUCGGGAAAUUCAAACAAUUAUCAAUGAAACAAUCGUCGAAACUCAAAGUCUCACAUCUGAUACUCCAAGAACUGACACAAGACUUGGUCAAGUUGGUCGUUGAAUAUUUUCAAUCUUGCCAAUGAUUAUGCGAUUAAACAUAAAUAAAUAUAAGAAAAUGCAUAUUUUAUCUCUGAUAUUUCUUUGC